AUGAACAAUGAUUUUUUACAUCGUUUAUUUCUUGAUAAAAAACUUGAACAAAUUCCAAAAUACAAAGAAUUAUUACAACGUUUUGAAACUCAAGAACUUAUUCAUUGGAAAGAUAUUCUUAAAAAUUUCGAAAAUGAACUAAAAAGUGGUACAAAAGAUGAUCCGCCAACGAAUGUUUUUAUUAAUAAUGAUGAUGGAAAAAAACGUUGGGAAGAUUUUAAAGUUCGUAUUGUUGAACAUGUAAGUUCAUUUUCUUGUGUUUUUGUUCUUAAUAUUAUCAAAACUUGUUGGUAUUAUAGUUCUUUAAAAAAAAAUAUGCGUAUUAUGACAAAAUAUUACACUCGUGUUCGUACACAAAAGAGGGCUGAGCUUCUUGAUUUAACAAAAGAUGAAGUUGAACAAUUUUUAUCAAAUCUUGUUUCAAAUAAAACUAUAAGCGCAAAAAUUGAUCGUCUGCAAGAUAUAGUUACAUUUCAACAAAAACAAUCACCACAAGAAAUUCUUAAUCAAUGGUCAGUUAAUCUUAAUUCAUUAAUGGCAAUUAUUAAUAAAACAUGUCAUUUAAUUAAUAAAGAAGAAACAGUUCAUGCUGUACGAUCAUAA